AUGCCGUGCAAAUGCUGUGUACCUCGAUGCCGCGGAGACUACACGGGGGACACGAAGGUGCACGUCUUCAAGUUCCCGAGAGAUCAAGCUCUAAGGGACGCUUGGAUUCGCGCUGUGCCACGGGAAAACCUCACGGUCACCGAACAUUCCAGAGUAUGUGAACUUCAUUUCAUGGACGAGGACAUUAUUCGAGACGCGACGCAUACAGAUCAAGCAACUGGCCGCGUAAUGACAGUGCCGCUAUCUCAUGUGCGCCUUCGCACAGACGCUGUACCGUCGAAGUUCCCGAAUCAUUCAAGCUACUUGUCCAGAAAGACCGCGAGGAGGGAAGAUCCUGACUCCAAGCGCGCGCGAAUAGAGAAUGCAGCCCUUCAGAAAGCCAUCGCUGAAUCCAACGAGGCAUUUAUCAGAGCACGCGAGGAGGAUAAAGUCAACAGUGUGAGCGAACUUGCCAACCACUUAAGGAGCCAAGGGAUGAAGUUCUGGGAUGAUAUCGAAAGAAAUGAAAGGCUUCUUCUCAUUCACAUUGUCGACGAUGAAGCACCGUGGUUGAAAUACUCUGUUUGCGUGAAAGGAGAUUUGAGCGUGACACUACACGUUAUGAAAACGGCCGUAAAAAAGCUCGGUGCAAAUCUCUGCGUUCCCGAAAUCGCUAACAGUAAAAGGGGUAUGGUGGAACUCCUGGAAGGCAUCGAGAAGUGGGACUGUGACCUGAUGUCCAACUCAGUCGCCGAAAUUUGCGAGGCUGUUUGUUUACUGCUUGAUCAGCUUUGCACGUCCCAAGCAGAAGAUGACGCCAACUGUAUUCAAUUUCUGAAAGAGCAAGUCACCUUGCACCUAUCGAAAAAACAGCGCAGGCGCUACUCUGCUGAUUUCAUGAUGUUUUGCUGUAUUGUUUUCACUAUAUCGCCCCAUGCAUACGCGUUCAUACGUAGCCAUGGAAGCAUCACCUUGCCGCAUCCUAUGACGAUAAGAUCAGUGUGCUCGUCUUAUGGUAUGAGUCCUCAACAAGAGCAUCAGAGUGAAACAUUCCUCAGCUACAUGACAACAAGAAUUUCUGACCUGAAAGAUGACCAGCGCUUUGUCACAGUUAUGGUUGAUGAAAUACAUAUAAAACCUUACUUUGACUACAAAGGAGGCAAUAUUACCGGCGCUGCAAUUAAUAGAAAUGAAGCUGCUAACUGUGCGCUCGUUUUCAUGGUGCGCAGCGUGACGUGUAAAUUCAAAGAAGUUGCGCACAUCGUGCCGGUGCACCGAGUAGAGGCGGAGUUCCUGCAAAAGACGCUUAAAGACGUGAUUUGUGGGCUGGAAAAGAUUGGGUACCGGGUUAUGUGCGUCGUCAGCGACAACAACUCUGUGAACAGAAAAGCGAUGUCACUUUUCGAAUCACCUCCGUGUAACAGAAUUGUGUACCAACAUCCAUCAGACCCUUCAAGGCCGCUGUUCUUCGUUAUAGACCCAGUGCACAUUCUAAAAUGCAUACGAAAUAACUGGAUCAAUCAGAAGAAUGACCAAAUUUGUUUCUACUUCCCGGAGAUCCAAGGAGACACACCAGAAUCAGAGCGAAUGCAAACAGCGUCAUUUGCAACAAUCAGGGACCUUCACAGCAAAGAGUGUGACCAGCUGUUGAAAUAUGGCUAUGGGCUGUCAAGAAAAGCCCUCUACCCUUCGAGUCUUGAAAGGCAGGACGUAAAGCUUGCUUUACAAAUCUUCAAUGACUAUUUACCAGAGGCGUUACGUGCUCUUGGAGCAAAGCACAACCUAUUCUCUUUCGAGGCCACAGCUACAUUCGUCGAGAUCAUACUCAAGUGGUGGAAAAUUGUAAACGUCAAAACUCCAUGGAAGGGAGAAAGGCUUAGAGAUCACUUCCAACAACCAGUGCUUUCCAUUGAUAACGAUCCAAAAAUUGACUUCUUGCACAUGUUUCUGAAGUGGCUGGAUGAGUGGAAGAACAAAGGUUUUGACAAUGGUACUCUGACAAAGGAGACUCACGCUGCUCUCGAACACACCACCUAUGCGCUUGUUGAGCUCGCUAGGUACAGCUUCGAAGAGCUUGGAAUGUCAUAUGUCCUUUUUGGGAAGAUUCAGACAGACUGCCUUGAAGAUCGGUUUGGGAAGUAUAGGCAGCUGGCAGGUGCGCAAUAUCACAUCUCCAUCAGGCAGAUAUAUGAAGUCGAAAACAAGCUGCGCCUGCAGAGAACCUUGCUUACAGUUUCCCCUGACCAGCACUGGGAAUGUGUCCGAAAGCAAGUCGAGGCAUUGCUUCCCAGCAGCAACGUUGUUGUUACCAGCCAGGCUCUUACGAAGAUGCAGGACGUCGUCCCAGUCCUCGUCUACGUUGCAGGUUAUGCAGUAUACGGGACCCUUAAAAAGUUGAAGUGCGAGCAAUGCAGGGACUCGUUGACCGUGGACAAGAAGAUCACAGUCUCUGCCACAAACGAACAUUAUGGUCUUGUGAAGCAGCUGGACCGAGGAGGUUUAGUUUAUCCAUCAAUGUUCGAUUCAAGCACCAAGGUAACUUUGUCCUUCGGUGUCAUCACCAGCAGCAGCUAG